AACUAGGUUGUUUUGUUAGAACCAUAGUCUGCAUUAAAUUUCAUAGGAUUGCGCCGUCUGCUACAUUACACUACAAAACUCUUCACACACAUAAUCUCAAGUAAUUUUUUCUCAUUUUCUUGUUUAUAAUUAUUAAUUAGUCCUUUUUUAAUUUUAAUUAACAGAUAGAUAAGAUCAUAAAUAGCCAUUAGAUAUAAACAUCAAACAGAUAUAACAAAAUACAUAUGCUCACUUCUUCUCAUCUUCAAAACCACUCCAACUCACAAUUUUCCUUACAAUUUCCACAAACUUUUUCUUAAUUUCUUGUUCUUUUCAUGGUUUGAUCUUAUUUGUUUUUCUGAUUAAUUACUACUUUUGAAGAUUUAAGACAUGGGUUUGAGUUCUAAACAGGUUAUUUCUAGCAGUGGAGUUGAUUGGAAACAAACCUUAUUAGAAUCACAAGAUUUAGAACUUCCAAAACCUCAUCAUCUAAUGAGAAAACAACAACAACAGCAACAACAACAAACUCAACAGCAAUCAGAACAUUUGAAUUGUCCAAGAUGUGAUUCAACAAACACAAAGUUUUGUUACUAUAACAAUUAUAACAAGUCUCAACCUCGUCAUUUCUGUAGAGCUUGUAAAAGACACUGGACUAAAGGCGGAACGUUACGCAACGUUCCGGUUGGUGGUGGAAGAAAGAAUAAGAGAAGCAAAAAAUCAAACACACCAGUUACUUCUUCAACCACUACAGCUACUACUACUUGCACCACCUCAAUUGUUGCUAAUAAUAUGAAUGGUGGUUUGAAUUUGAAUAGCAACCUGAUGAUUCAAAACCCUCUUGGAGUUAGUGAUCAAAAAACCAUUCCUUCAUCUCUAUAUCAAGCUUUAAUUCAUCCACCAUCUUUGCUUCUACAACAGAAUAUGAUGAAUACAAGAGACUUAUCAGAAACCAAAGAUUUUGGUAUUGGUAAUGGUCAUCAUGGUAAUGGAGUUUUUACUAGUACUAGUUCAACUAUGAAUCUUCCUCAUCAAAAUCAAAGCAUGAUCUUUCCCUUUUCAACUUCAACUUCAUUUGACAGAACUACUUGUUCAUCUUCUAAUGUUUAUUACUAUGGAGAAGAGUUUAAAACAAUGGAGGAACCUGCAGCUAACACAAAGCCAUGGGAGAUACCUCCUGCAGCAGCAGCGGCGGCGGCGGCAACAACUGGUGGAAUGGAAGCUACAAAGUAUUGGAAUUGGGAAGACAUUGAUUCAUUGGUAUCAACUGAUCUAAAGAAUCCUUAUUGGGAUGAUUCUGAUAUCAAACCUUGAUACCAUAAAACAAGAAAAAGUAACAUCUCAACAUGUGAUAUGGAAUCUGCUUUAGCACUGAACAGACAGGAGAAUGUGAUGGAAGAUUCUUGUGGAUAUGUUUAUUUGUUGGGAAUGAUAUUAUCACACAGAUUUUUAUUGCUUCUGAAUCAGCACCUUGAUCAGAUCAUUCUUUGAUCUGUGGAUUAAAAUAAUUCUUAUUGUAUAGUUGUUUAUUACAAGUAUGUGCCUCUGCAUAAUUUCUUAGUUUUUCCUUCAUAUCAACUUAUUUGAGAUUAUCUACUGGACUAAGUAUUCAUGACA